AUGGGAGUGCCCAUUGACGAUGGCCAGAUGGGGUUGAAGAAAUGUGUAACCAAGAGUAUAAAAGAUUGUGUGGUGUCCAGAACCGAUCCAGCCCUGUGGGCCAUACGAGACCAGACCUGGAGAGCAGGCCCGGGCCGCCACCAGAGACCACCACCAUGCCUUAACAGCCUGCGCCUGCUCCUCAACACCCUGUCCCCCCAGCCCCUCUCACCGUCCCCCUCCCUCCCUGUGGAUGCCCCCCUGCCUGGUGGUGGUGGCGGAGGAGCCUCCUCUGGUGGGGAGAUGAGAGGGGAGCGGGGGGGUUCUGGGUCUGAGAGGGACCUCCACUCAGCAGCCUCAUCCAUCAGCCUGCCCUCCAUCAGGAAAACCCCCAAGAAGAGACGCCUCUCCCUGCGCUCGCUGUUCAGCCGGCGCCACCGUGGGGACCGAGACCCCAAGAGGAAAUCCCAGGACUUACAGUGUGGCGGUGUGGACGGGAUCGCCAGCGUGGAGAGCAUCCAUUCAGAGAUAUGUCAUGGAGACAAGACCUCGACGCUCUCCGCCCCCGUUGUGGCCUCUUCCUCCUCUGAGCUCCUGGAGUGUCCUCUCUGUCUCCUCCGCCACGCCAGAGACCGUUUCCCAGACAUCAUGACCUGCCACCACCGCUCCUGUGCGGACUGCCUGCGCCAGUACUUGCGGAUAGAGAUCAGUGAGUCGCGCGUCAACAUCAGCUGUCCAGAGUGCUCUGAGCGGUUCAACCCCCACGACAUCCACAUCAUCCUGGGAGACCAGCCCCUCAUGGAGAAGUAUGAGGAGUUCAUGUUGAGGCGGUGGCUGGUGGCUGACCCUGACUGCCGCUGGUGCCCCGCCCCCGACUGCGGGUAUGCAGUCAUUGCCUUUGGCUGUGCCAGCUGUCCUAAGAUCACGUGUGGGCGUGAGGGGUGCGGCACAGAGUUCUGCUACCACUGUAAGCAGCUGUGGCACCCCAACCAGACGUGUGACGCCGCCCGGCAGCAGAGAGCCCAGAGCCUGAGGCUGCGCACCUUCCGCUCCUCGUCUCUCAACUACAGCCAGGAGAGUGGCGCUGCAGCUGAUGACAUCAAGCCGUGUCCGCGCUGUGCUGCUUACAUCAUCAAGAUGAACGACGGUAGCUGUAACCACAUGACCUGUGCUGUGUGCGGCUGUGAGUUCUGCUGGCUCUGCAUGAAGGAGAUCUCUGACCUGCACUACCUGAGCCCAUCAGGCUGCACCUUCUGGGGUAAGAAGCCGUGGAGCAGGAAGAAGAAGAUCCUGUGGCAGCUGGGCACGCUGGUGGGCGCUCCGGUGGGCAUCGCUCUGAUCGCUGGCAUCGCCAUCCCCGCCAUGAUCAUAGGCAUCCCUGUCUACGUGGGGAGAAAGAUUCACAAUCGCUAUGAAGGAAAGGACAUGUCCAAACACAAGAGGAACUUGGUGAUAGCGGGCGGCGUGACCUUGUCUGUCAUUGUCUCCCCCGUGGUAGCGGCAGUUACUGUUGGCAUCGGCGUGCCCAUCAUGCUGGCGUACGUCUACGGGGUGGUGCCCAUCUCUCUGUGUCGCAGCGGGGGGUGUGGCGUCUCCGCCGGUAACGGGAAAGGGGUCCGCAUCGAGUUUGAUGAUGAGAAUGAGAUGACCGUUGGGAGUGUGGCGGCUGCAACCGACACCACAUCAGUGGCAGAGACCAGACACAACCCCAGCAUCGGAGAGGGCAGCGUGGGAGGUAUGACUGGCAGUCUGAGUGCCAGCGGGAGCCACAUGGACCGGAUGGGCGCCAUGAGGGACAACCUGAGUGAGAACGCCUCCACCAUGGCGCUGGCUGGGGCCAGCAUCACCGGCUCUCUGUCUGGCAGCGCCAUGGUCAACUGCUAUAACAGGUUGGAGGUGCAGGCUGACGUUCAGAAGGAGCAGGGUAGUCUAAGUGGGGAGUCAGCCAACGUCAGCUUGGGGACAAUCAGUGACAACACUAGCACCAAAGCAAUGGCUGGAUCCAUUCUCCACUACGUGCCUCUGGACAGAGAGAACAGUCUGGAGGUGGACAUGGAGGGGAAGCAGGAGAAGAAGCUCCAUCACCAUAGCAACAGCAGCAGCCUGGACGACGCCAGCGGCGAGGGGCGAGGGGUGGGGGUGUGUCCCUCCGGCUGCCCCCAUGAGUCUCGGUCCUGCUCCUCCAAAUGGGCGAAGGACCCCUCCUCCUCGGGGGGUAAGAAGAGCAAGGGCAAGCUGAGGAGUAAGAAGACCAGCGGAGGAACGAAGAUCCAGGAGACCCGCGAGGACAUCGAUGCUCAGCUCCUGGAGCAGCGCAGCACCAACUCCUCAGAGUUCGACUCUCCCUCCCUCAGCGGCUCCCUGCCCUCCGUAGCAGACUCCCACUGCAGCCACCUCUCUGAGUUCAGCUGCUCUGAUCCUGAGACCUCCAGACCUCCACCUCUCACCCCCUGCUGCAUCGACCUCCACCCCCAGCGCCCCCUCACCUCCCUGGGGACAGACCUGGUCACCGUCACCCCCUUGCCGGAGGUGGAGAACGACCGUCUGGAGAACUGUCCCGCUGCAUCCCCUUCCUCCUCGGCCCCCGUCUACCCAAUAGGAGGGUCAGGGUUAGGAGGAGGUACGCUGCUCUACAUCGCGGAGGAGAGCUUAGGGCUGAUGAGGACGACGCAGGAGGAGCUGGACUCCCUGGCGGUGGAGGAGGAAGAGCAGGAGGUCCUGAAGGAGACCAAUAACAACAUGUUGGACGGAGGUGUCGUCCCCCAGCAGCCUUCCAGCCCUGUGAGGAGUGGCUGCAUUCAGACUGCGAUAUAAACUAUCCUGACUGGCUGACUGGCUGGCUGGCUGGCUGACUGGCUGACUGGCUGACUGGCUGGCUGGCUGGCUGGCUGGCUGGCUGGCUGGCUGGCUGGCUGGCUGACUCCAGGGAUACUACUACAGACUGCCCUAAUGUUUAUGCUAGCUUUCUUCACAGCUAACCUCAAAGCCACGUCUGUCUGAGUGGUUCCAGCUCGCUUUAAAGAAGAGAAAGGACAGCAGAGGAGAGGAGGUGUCUGUCUGCUGUUUGUCUGUUUGGGUCUAAUGAUUGUGUUUUAUCAAUGUUGGCUAAUAUGGAAGAUAACAGGAUAGUGAUACGGGUGGAUGAAUAAGGUAGACGGGAUAGUGAUACGGGUGGAUGAAUAAGGUAGACAGGAUAGUGAUACGGGUGGAUGAAUAAGGUAGACGGGAUAGUGAUACGGGUGGAUGAAUAAGGUAGACGGGAUAGUGAUACGGGUGGAUGAAUAAGGUAGACAGGAUAGUGAUACGGGUGGAUGAAUAAGGUAGACGGGAUAGUGAUACGGGUGGAUGAAUAAGGUAGACGGGAUAGUGAUACGGGUGGAUGAAUAAGGUAGACGGGAUAGUGAUACGGGUGGAUGAAUAAGGUAGACAGGAUAGUGAUACGGGUGGAUGAAUAAGGUAGACGGGAUAGUGAUACGGGUGGAUGAAUAAGGUAGACGGGAUAGUGAUACGGGUGGAUGAAUAAGGUAGACGGGAUAGUGAUACGGGUGGAUGAAUAAGGUAGACGGGAUAGUGAUACGGGUGGAUGAAUAAGGUAGACGGGAUAGUGAUACGGGUGGAUGAAUAAGGUAGACGGGAUAGUGAUACGGGUGGAUGAAUAAGGUAGAUGGGAUAGUGAUACGGGUGGAUGAAUAAGGUAGACGGGAUAGUGAUACGGGUGGAUGAAUAAGGUAGACGGGAUAGUGAUACGGGUGGAUGAAUAAGGUAGACGGGAUAGUGAUACGGGUGGAUGAAUAAGGUAGACGGGAUAGUGAUACGGGUGGAUGAAUAAGGUAGACGGGAUAGUGAUACGGGUGGAUGAAUAAGGUAGACGGGAUAGUGAUACGGGUGGAUGAAUAAGGUAGACGGGAUAGUGAGGUUAUAGGGAGGUUGAAAGCUGUCCUUUCUUGGCAGUCUGAAUGGGAGGUCUUGAUCCAGAGGGUUUUUUGUCGGUGGUAACAUUCGAUGGACCAAGGCCCAUGGAAAGUUCCAGUUAAAUGUAUGAGGACAGAGAAGGAAGUGUAUGGCAGGUUUAUCAGUGGGAUGAUUAUGUAGCAGUGAUCUAUACAAACCUCCAGUUGGGGGACAGAAACGGAUCUUCACGAGUCUCCAGAGGUCCAGGAGACUGUCCAUCCAGGAGGCUUCUAUGGAUCAGACCCAAAACAAACCCUGGCUGGGUCUCAAAUGGCUCCCUAUUCACCGUGUGGAGGCACUAGAUAGGGAAUAGGGUUCCAUUAGAGACGCAGUAAUGCUAUCUGUUUCUGGGGUGAACCAUCCUCCUCAGUCAGUCAGUGGCAUCACACCACAGUGUAAAGGAUUGUCUAGCUUCAGUUAUAUAAUAUAAACCUGUCUAGCUUCAGUUAUAAUAUAAACCUGUCUAGCUUCAGUUAUAAUAUAAACCUGUCAAGCUUCUGUUAUAAUAUAAACCUGUCAAGCUUCUGUUAUAAUAUAAACCUGUCAAUGAAAAUAUCUAACUGACCUAAGAGGGACCAGUCGAUAAUUCUUUUUUCUUUUUUCCAUGACGAUUCUAUAAAAAAUGAUUAUUA